AUGGCCGGCGAGACGACGCCCCUCCUGGGCACGCGGGAGACCGAGCCCGAGCUCAAGAAGAAACAACCGCGACUUGGCUGGCUGAGCUUCGAGCCAACUUGGCCCGUCAUGAUCGCGGGCCUCCUCAUCUCCGCCUCCUUUGGCCUCACUCAGACCCCCAUCCUCUACGCCUUCCGCCAGAUGGUCUGCGAGGACUACUACAGCCACCACCCUCCUUACGCCGGCUCGGGCGACAGCUGCAAUGUCCCCGCCGUCAACAGCGGCAAGGAUGCCCAGUUCGCCAUCCUUGGCUCCUGCACCGUCUUCUUCGCCAUCUCCAACCUCGUCUUCACCGGCUGGCAGAUGCGCAAUCUCGGCCCCAAGAAGGCCCUGCUCGUCCAGAACUUCUUCCCCGUCAUCCGCGUCCUCACCCAGUCCGUCGCCAUCUCCAUUGGCGGCGCAACCGGCAUCACCCUCUUCCAGCUCGGCCAGGCCAUCACCAUCCUCGGCGGACCUGCCGGCUACAUUCUCGUCCUCAACACCAUCCUGUCAGAGCUCAUCGAGCAGGCCCAGCGCACCAGCAUGUUUGGCAAACUUCAGGGCUACAUCCUGGUUGGCAAUGCCAUGGGCUUCCUUGGCGGCGGUGUCGUCUCCGACCGCUUUGGCGUGGUCUCUCCUUUCCGCCUCGGCGCCAUUUGCCUUUCCGCCACAUUGGUCUUCUGCGCCACCUGUGUCCCUCCGGUCAGCCUCAAGAAGGACGAGCGCGCGCCGACCACAAACCGUAGAAAUGCCGUAGUGGCCUCCUUUGUGGACCCCCUCCUCGCCCUGGGACCCCAAAAGCUGCGCCUCAAGAACGGCACCAUCACGACUCACUACGGCGUCACCAUUCUUGCGGUCGGCAUUUUUGUAGGUGUGCUCGCCACCGGCUACGUUGCCCAGCUCUUGCAGCAGUACUCGAUGGACGUCUUCGAUUUUGAUGCCAGCAAGAACAGUGCUCUUAUGGCCCUGACCCUCGUUGUGCGCGGCCUGUUCCUCAUGUUCAUCUUUCCCAUCAUCAUUUCUAGUGGCCGCAAGUGGUUUGACAGUACAAGCCAGCAGCAGCCACAGGCAGCCGAGCAGGACGCCGAGACCGUCAUUCCGACACACCCUUUGGAUAUGGACCCGACGCCUCAGCUCGUGUCAACCGAGGAAGAGCCCGUGCAAGCACCGCCGGCCCCUCCGACUGCUCAAAGUGGGCACUUUGACCUCUUCUUCCUACGCUACAGCUAUCUUGUGGACGCCGUGAUCACCAUGUGCGCCGCCUUCAUCUCCGACGGCUGGCAGUUCUACCUGAUGGCCGUCUUGCUUCCUCUUGCGUCAGGAUCCUAUGCUGCCAGCAAGGGUGUGUUGACAGAGAUGAUCCCAGAAUCACAAAAGGCGGAUGCACUCGCAGGCAUGACCCUCGUCGAGUCACUUGCGUCAGUGUCCACAUUGGGUCUUUUCGGUGCCGUCUUCUCGUCUCUGGUCGAGAUCGGGAAAGCGCACCUGACUUUCUAUCUGAACGCGGCUAUUGCACUCCUGGCGAUUAUCAUCCUGCUCUUCUCAAGGUAUCCCGCGGAGGACAGCAAGUUGAUCGAGCAAGAGGAAGAGGAACAGCCCUCAGAAGAACCGGUUGCCGCUUGA